AUGGAAGAAUCUCUCAGUACAUUAGCUGUUACACAUCUUCUUCAACAAACACUCAGAAGCUUAUGCAUCCAUCAAAAUUCUCAAUGGGUCUAUGUAGUCUUCUGGAGGAUCGUGCCAAGAAACUAUCCACCACCCAAAUGGGAAAGUGAAGCGGCUAAUGAUAAAUCCAGAGGAAACAGAAGGAACUGGAUAUUGGUCUGGGAAGAUGGUUUCUGCAACUUUGCUACCUCAUCAGCACCUGAAAUUAAUUCAGGCGAUUAUCCUCCCUUAUCAGUUUAUGGGAACUAUGAAUGCCAGCCCUACCAAGGGCUCCAACCUGAGCUUUUCUUCAAGAUGUCACAUGAAAUCUAUAACUAUGGAGAAGGCUUGAUAGGGAAAGUAGCCGAGGAUCAGAGUCACAAGUGGAUAGACAUCAACUUCUUGUCAUCAUGUAACAAUCCAGCAGAUUUGUACCCUAGGACCUGGGAAGCCCAGUUUCAGUCUGGUAUAAAGACCAUAGCCCUUAUUGCAGUAAGAGAAGGAGUUAUUCAAUUAGGAGGAGUUCACAAGGUGAUUGAAGACCAAAACUACGUAUUUCUAUUGAGAAAAAAGUUCAGCUACAUUGAGAGCAUCCCUGGCGUGCUCUUACCACACCCAUCAUCAUUUUCUGCAUACCAAGGUUGUAAGGUGGAAGACUAUGGUGCCUCAGAGCAACGGCAUUUCCAAGACAAUUAUAAUAAUGUUAAAGCCCCAAAUGAAUUAUAUCAUGACCAAUGGGGCCAUUAUUACUCAAUAAACAGCCUUGAGGCCCUACUCUUUAACCUGCCUUCAGUGGAGUCACCACCACCACCAACACAGUCUCAUUUGUUUCCAUCUCAAAGGGACUUGGAGUUUAUGGGUUUGCAAAAUGAAGUGGCAGAGAAAAAGUUAGAUGAUGUGGUGCAUUGGACUGAACUAGAUGUGGGUGAGAGUAGCAAUUUCAUGUUAAGGUACCACCAUAGGUACCAAGAUCAGAAUGUUAUUAGUGGUAGUGGAGCCAAUAAUGGAUUUUGGUAUUAGGCUAAUUACGUCAGAUGGGAAUCGGUUGGUUGUAAAUUAAUCCUAAUUAGUUAAGUCCCAACAUUGUAGUGAGUUGCUAUAUAUGGCUAGCUUCUUUAUUUUU